GUACCGAACAGACUUUGCAAACUUAACUUUAGCCGCAGUCAGGUUUAGCUAGCUAUCAUAGCUGUCUCUUAGGUUAAUGUUUAUGCUAGUUAAUGCUAACAGCUUGCAACUUCAGCUAGCUGUUAGCGCUAAUUGUGAGCCAUUUCUUGUUUAUUAAAUUAGGAUCCUUUGAGGUAAACGUCUGUACUUGAUCUAACGGUGUCAAACAGAGUUGAUCUUCAUUUCACUCCAACAGCUAACAACAUGUGCUAACGUUAGCUUAACCUUCUCAACACCUGACCAGAGACACAGCCCGUCUGAACUCAAUUCAGGUCAUAACACAUGACGACAGUCUGGUUGAUGUUUUACUGAGUCCGUUAAACACCGGUUGCAUAAAAGCUGGUCAGCAAAGACGUGCAACACUUUGAUUAGCUCACUUCACAGGGCGAGUGAAAAGCAUUUGGUAGCGAAGUUAGUUGGCUGAGAAAGGAAAGAAAUGCAGUCUGUGGUGAAACAAAACCUCCAUUCGGAGACCGAAGGAGACGUCAACAAACUCCUCAACCUGAAGCUCACUGCAUCCUACACCUACCUUUCUCUGGGGAUGUAUUUUGACAGGGAUGACGUUGCCCUGCCAAACUUCUCCACUUUUUUCCUGGAGCGCUCGGUGAAAGAGAGGGCACAGGCUGAGAAGCUCCUGGAAUAUCAGAACAUGAGAGGCGGUCGAAUUUUGCUUCAGACUAUUGCUAAACCAAGUAGAGAUGAUUGGAGCUGUGGUCUGGAUGCAAUUACCUUUUCCUUGGACUACCAGAAGUCCUUAAACACAUGUAUCCUUGAGGUGCACCGCAGAGCUGGCAACCAUACUGACCCUCAUCUGUGUGACUUCCUCGAGCAGCACUUCUUCACAGACAGCCAUGACACCAUCAAGAAGCUGGGCGAUUACAUUGGCAGUCUGACCCGCAUCACGGCGUCCGAGACACAUGGUCCUAUGGGAGAAUACCUCUUUGAUAAACACACUCUGUAAAGGUCACAAUGGUACAGUGAAAUAAGCUCCACAUAUUAAAAGAUGCAUAGAGUCAAGAGGGCAAAAAUCCCUAACUCUGUGCAUUCUUCUCCGUUAAGAAAACUACCGGUAUACAAUAUUUUUACAGAUUACCACAAACUUCAUUCUUGCACAAGGAGUUCAAAGCAAAAUAACAAAAAAUACCUCGUUUUUUCUUAAAAACCACACUUGAAAAAUAAUGUUCUCAUUAUUAUGGUGCUUAAAAACUACACUUUCCAGCUGUUACAAUGAGUGAUUUGUUCAUUUCGAUUCAUUUGUAUGAGGCGUCAUGUAUUCCAGUGUGUCAGAGGUUUUUACGUUCACAAAUAUUUUGUAAAAUGCAUACCAUUUUUAAUUAAUUUAAUAAUUUUAAAGAGUUUGGAAUAUCAUUGAACCAUUGAAUAAAGCCAGAUUAUGAUGACAUAUAA